GGAAAUAGAAAGAAUACAGUAGUACUUUUGCUAUUCCUUGCAAGUCACUUGGUCGGUGCCAUUCAAAAUCCGAAGGGCAACUUCUGCCGGAGGUAUGCUCACCAAACGACUGUCAUCGACGACAAGCGGUACAUCGAUGGCGGCUACGUCAACUUCGAUUCAUAUGACCAAAAGUCGAUUAAUGCGAAUUCUCAGAUACGAUGGCCACAGCUCAACAUCAGCUUGAGCAAAGACCCACGAGUCGUUCCAACAGUUGCAGGUGGGACCCUCUGGGGCGAUGACGUCAACAAGAAAUUCGUCGUCUAUGGUGGUGAAGUCACGCAAGGGCUGGCGCAGACCUAUCACCUUUUCAGCUACGACACCCUGUACAACUCAUGGUCCGAUCUAGGUCCACCUACGACGCCGAUUGCGCCAAACAUUUCUUCGUAUGGUGCUGGUGUGAGCAUUUCCGAGCUUGGUCAAGGAUACUACUACGGAGGUUGGAUUAGCAAUAUUUCCAUGCGCGGAUGGACGCAAGCUCCCGUGAUGAGCUCGAACAUGUACAGAUACGACUACGAUGCGAACAAACUCACCGCGGUGAACUCGCCGGACGGGCUCGGAAGAGCAGAAGGCGGAAUGUCGUGGAUCCCAGCCGGCGAUAACGGGACGAAAUCUGCUCAACCGAUGGACAAGAUACUCGUAUAUGACCCUCAGACGAAUGCUUGGUACACUCAGACUGCAACAGGAGUCAUACCUGGGGACCGGGCCCGGUUUUGCAUGGAUAUCGCAUGGGCACCGGAUAGAUCAAGCUACAAUAUCUACCUAUGGGGAGGUCUGAGUCUUUCACCCAACUCAAACAUGACCGCGUUCAACGACGUCUACCUUCUGACUUUGCCUACAUUCCAAUGGGUCAAAAUAUUCCCCGGUCAUCAAGGCAAUGCCACCUACGACUACGGCCACUAUUCCGCCUCCUGCAAUAUGGUAAUGUCCCGCUCUCAGAUGAUGGUCAUUGGCGGUACUUACCCUGGCUCUGAUAUGUGUGAUCUCGCCCAAGAUAUAUGGGCUCAGCAUAACAUCUGGACCGGCGGUGUGAACAACACUGGCGAACCUCCCGAAGACAGAUACUGGGCUCUCUACAAUCCAAACGUUAGCACGAAUGUUGUACCUAUUGAUGUAUACCGGCUUGUUGGAGGUGACAAGAAUGGUGGUGCUACACUGCUCACUCCGAAAAAUGGAUACGAUACGGGAAACAACACAGGGACUGGCCUCGCAGCUCUCUUAGCACAAAAGCCAAAGACAGCUACUCGUUCGAUCUCGUGUACCCAGUCAUGUCAACCAACUAGUAGCGCCAAACCGACCAAUUCAUCCUCACCUCAUCACCAUCGUCUCUCCACAGGUGCCAUUGUCGGCAUUGCCAUCGGCGGCGCAGUUGCUCUAGGCAUCUUACUCGGUUGUUGGUGGCUCGCUGCCAAGCGGUACCAUCAACGGCCACAGUCACAGAUAACUCAG